AUGGUUUUCAUCCCUGUUGAGAUAAUCUUUAAAAGUUUCCCAAGUAUAUCGAAAGAUAGAGUUAAAUUUUUAAGGCAUUAUAGCUUUCUCAGUUUAAUUUUAGGCGCUGCAGCUUUAUACCAGGCCCACAAACCAGACUUCAGUGUAAGACAUUACACGCCAUCCUAUUUUUACAAAUGCCGUUUAAACAAGUUGAAAAAAGAAGGGAUAAUAGAUGAGGAAAAAUAUAACAAAAUUAUUAACGGUUAA